CGCAAAUGCCACGUGCAAGCAGCAGAAGCUGCCUAUAUCGACGGAAAACAACAAUCCGAAGGAGCAGGAAACGUAGGCCUCCUGGUUUGACACCGCAAGCCCAGGGAAAAGCGUGUUCCUCGCUCCCAGAAUCUCUUCCCAUGGCGCAUCAGUCGAGCCUGUCUCGUGUAUUGCGCAGAGAUAAUUGCUGGCGAGUUUCCUAAUCCAGCAUAUGAUUGUUUCCCUGCCGCUUUCGGGUGCGCUUAACUCCGCUUUUUCCCACUAGAAAGACCGUUAUUUCCUCCAUGUCUGCGUAGCCGAAUCGCGGCUACUGCGGUGGCUCACCGGACCUCACGGUGGCGAGCCCAGGCAGAUAAAAGGAGUCUUUUUCCGACACAUAUCGUUUUUGCGUUGAAUAUGGCGUCAGCUUCCAAGGACGUUUUCGCUUCUGCACGACACAGUCGUCGGCGAGUGCGGUGUUCCAGAACCCGGUCGGCUUCCUGUCCCGGUCCGCACCCGCCUCGCCUCUCACCUUUGGUCUUACCGUGCUCGUCAGAAUCCUCUUCGGAGUGGUCGGCACCUUUUCCUCGGCGUCAUUCGAAGAUGCCCACCUUUGUCUUCUCCAAGAACUCAACAUCGUCUUUUUUAACCUCACUGAAGACGCGCGCCUGUAAAACCUAUUCUCCCUCGGCCCCCCCUGUAGGCAACUUGGCCGAUACCUCUUCCCAGACAAACGAUGGGGCGGUUUCUUCGUCUCCGCCCGCUGGCCUCUCUCACUGCUGUACACCCGCUGUUCACCAAUCGUUUCGUCCGUCUCCGUCUUUGUCUCCAUCUUUGUCAUCUUCUCUGUCUCGGUUUCCUACCGCGAGCGCUUCUUCGACUCUCGCGUCUUUGCCUUUCCUGGUUCACUCAGUUUCAUCUCGGCCUUUCUCCUUGAGUCGUCUGGCGUCUUCUAUCCGUGAAACGAAACAAAGCGUUCCCUCUGAUGCGGUGGAUCCCAACCGAAGCAAGAGCGGAAGAGGUAGGUGUGCCUGCAAGCACGACGCUUCUUUCUGGUCUGGUUCUGCCCACGACAAGCGACAGGUCGCUUGCCUUGAAACGGGUUACCUCGGUACUGGACAGGAUCCUUUGGAGAUGCACGCAGGCUGCAUUCAGACAAAGUCCUCCUUUUUCCUUCGCUGUGGUUCUCCGACGCGGUGUAGAAGUCUUCCUUAUGACAACUCGUCGGCAGUGUCUUCGGCCGUUUCUUCCUGCUCUCGGCGUCUGUCCUCUUUUUCAUCCGACCUAGUGUGGCCGUCUCCUUUUGCUCUCGCCCCGACUCUGCCUCUGCCUUCCUGUGUCCGUACCUCUGCUCCAAGUUCUGUUUGCUCGUCUUCUUUCUCCGAUUCGCCGCCUUGUUCUUCCUUUGCCUUGCGCCCCUGUCCUUCUCGGGCCUUUUCUUCGCGGCCAUCCCUCCCGCCGAUGUCAACCGCUACACCGUGUUCGCUCUCUUUCGGCUCUCUGCGCUUCCUGGCUAGCCAGUCCUCGGCGUCUCCGUCUGAAGGCGACCGCGGGAGGGGGGACUCUGCUCACCGCAUCGCGGGAGACACCCGAGACAACCGGCAAAGCCAAGGCAACUCACCAGACGCCGCUGAAGGAGGGACGGCAAGUGCUCAAAGAGUUGGAGAAGACUGUGCGUCGCCUGAUGAGGCACAGUGCCCCCCCGUGUCAGCCGCUGAUUGGUUAGGCGACUCCCAGGCUGAAGUGACGAGGCGUCCAGACUCAGUGAGUAGUGUGAUGCGCAGCGAUUCGGCAUGGUCUCCCUCAUCUUCGGCUCUCCGUUGUUCUUCUCCUUCGACUUCAUCUUCAGAAAGAUUGGGUUCUCCUUCACCCCUCGAUUCUUCGACUGCCACACGCCAUGAUGCAGAACUCAUGCCCACAUCACAGUAUGCACCUUCCUUGUCGCUGCAACCUCCGGGCGCCCUCGACAUUCACGAUGAAGACAUAGUGGCCUGGUACCACCUGUUUGAUGAAUUGCAGUUCACUCCCCAUUGGAAAGAGUCGACUUUGGCGCCGCAUGCCGGUGCGCCUGAACAUCCCCAUCGACAUCGCUGGCCUUCAUCGGCAGGUGCCGUGGUCCCCCACUUUGGGCCGCCCUUCUACCACACCGCGUCUCCGUCGCAUUCUCCCGCUCAUUCUUUCCCUUCUUCUUUCCCGGCAUCGUUCGCCUCAUCGGGAUCCUCUUCUGCCUCGUCUUCCACUGCGGCUUCUUCUCUCUCAUCUGCAUCUCAUCCAUCCUCCUCGUCGUCUCUUUUCCCUGCCUCUUCUUCGUUUCCUGUCCAAGUCUCUCCUCCCAGUUUGCGCCUGCCGGCGCAUGCGUCACAAGCUGAGGGGGCAGCAGUGGCGGCUGCGGCGGCGGCCGCGACAGCACGCAGAAUGGCGGCGGUUGCGGAAGCCCUGGAGUGGACUGAGGAAAUGAAUCGUCUGUUUCUUCGCGCGGGAAAGACGAGGGCAAGUCAGGAGAUAGGUCGGAAAACGGGAUUUCUUACGAGGUGUCAAGACCACCCAACGCGCCUCUCCGAUGAGCGCCACACGCGACAUGCGCCGCGACACUCGGCCUCGUCGUCCCUCGUCCGCCGCCCACCCGCGUCUGCCUCUUCUCUCCAGCCGUCUCGGGAGUUGUACGUGAACUAUCAGUUUCCCGUCCUUGCGCAUGCAGCUCUCAAGGGCUUGUACGACCGGCUCUUUCGGUCGCGGAAGCAGACGCCGUCGUUCUCCAAGCAAAAGCGAGCUGGAGGGUUGAAGACGCGAGGCGAACCGGACCGCAGACGCGCGCUGCAUGCGUCUCCUUCGACAUCUGCGACGGACCCACCGCUCCCGUCGCGGUCGAGCGAAGGGUCGAGACGAGAGAGACCCGGCACUGGGCGCACCGUGCGGAGUGACUCUCGCUGCGGGGUGGCCUCACGAGGCUCGACGGACCUGAUAGGACGAAAAUCAAGGAAGAGAAGACGCACCGCCUGGAUGUCGACUGCCGGUGUGGACGUAAACUUGUCAGUGUCUCAAGAUGCCACCCAGGAUCUUGAUGCUCGUUCGCCAGACACGAUCUGCACAGAUUCAGUUUUGGCGUCUCCUCAGUAUGUAGAUCGUGGCGUGAGUGGGGAGAAGGCUGAUGAGUCGUCUUUAGAUUCACAGGCGGAACGAGAGGCAGCAGUGUCGCCAGGAAGCCGAGCGGAGGCGGCGGGUACGGGCCGUUUCUCUGCUUCAGAGACGAGCGCGUCUGUUCGUUCAGAUCUGCCAAAGGAAGAACAAAUUGCUGAAGACAGGAUAGGCGGAAGCCGUCAACGAGAGCCGGUUUUGAGUGUCGCCAAUGCCACACUUCAGGUGUUUUCUAAGGGAGAUCGCGUGGCUCCUGCGACCUCGAUAAAUGCGUCAGAAAAAGGGGAAGUCGUAGGCGCUUCAAAGAUUUCUUCAGAGUGCGUGCAGCGGGAUCGACAAGUUCCCGUAGGAUCGAAGCCUGUCCGAGCAGAUAUGCCCGGUGUCGAGGAGCACGAAGGAGACAGCGUGAGGGAAGGUUUUCUAGGCCGCGAGGCUCCCCUUGCCAGACAGCCAACUGCAAUGGAGGUGGAAUCCCUUGUCUACAGCAUGCGCGAGGAUGUUGAACCACAUCGCAUAAGCGACGAGCGAGUCGGGGAAAGCCGCAGCAGGAACCGGAGCAGCGCGGAACAGCCGCUGCAGUCGAACUCGGGGAGUGCUUCGAUCAUUGGAAAAGACCCGACGGCCAGCGAGGGAUUUGGAAUGUACCUCGAGACCGUGGUUGCACGCAACGACCCCACCGAGUCCCAGGCCAUAAAGCAGGACAGAGUUUGGACGAAGUCGUCUUCGCGAGGUGAUGCCCUCGGAUCGCCGUUGCUAGAAGCGCCUCCCGUGACACGUGAGGACGUUGAGCGAGCAGCUGCGACAUUUCAAGGCCCUGUAGUGGUCGAGGCACCAUCUCCGUCUUUUCCUCCGAGGAAACCCCCAGAAAUUGCUCCGGCGUUCCCGUUUGUGGCAGAGGAACCUUUAAAGCCAGAGACAGUGGAUGGCCGGCGUGGGAAUUUCUUGGUGCUCUCCAAGACAGCCGAGAGUCUGGAGAGAAGCUUGAUGGGGCGCGGUGUGUGGACGCGUCUGGUGUGCCUUGCGUCCUCUCUGGCUGGCCAGAUUCGUUUCCUGCUUCUGCCGUCUGCCUCCGGACCCGGUACUUCCCAGUUGAGGGCCCCCCAGUCGGGGGCCUCGCCGUUUUUUCAGCGUAUCCGUGGGAGAGCAGGCAAGCAUUUCGCGUCGCUCCAGGCGCGGGCGAGUGAAUGGUGCUACCAGAAUGGAAAUGUGUUAGUGACGACCGGCUCGGUUCUCUCGCUGACGGGGACAGUCAUGGCUGACAUGCGCCUGCUUCGCGGGUUCAACCUGCUCGCGGGCAUCUGUUUCUUCUCGUACAACUACACGCGGAGGCCAUCGAUGACCGACGCCGCGGCGUGGAACGUCGUCUUCUUCACUCUCAACUUCUUCAUGCUCUACCGGUACCUGACGGAGCACAACGAGGUGGGCUUCACGAACGACGAGCUCGAUGUGUUCGAGAAAUACUUCCUCCCUGCUGGUCUCUCGCCUCGGCGUUUCCGCACUCUCCUCACCAUCGGCCGCUGGGAGACUCUGCCUGCAGGUUCGGAGCUGACGCGUCCGGGUGAGCCAGUCAAGAAGCUCGUGUUCAUUCUCAGAGGCAGAGUUGACGUCUACCAGCACGGCGAUCUCCUCGAACACUAUACUGGCACCGACGGAACUCCAGUCAUAGGUCUCGAGGCCUUUCUCUCCUACGUGUCCGCGCUGAGGCGUCUCGCCACGCUCGGGGAGGCGACUAAGAAGUCCAAGCUCCCGCCUAACCUCCUUGGAGCUGGCGGAAGCGAUGCAGGUUCAGAUUCCGCCGCCGUUGGAUGUCCUCAGUCGCUGGAUGCGCUGGAGCGGAAGUCCUCUGGAGACUCGGGACAGGAGAUGCUGAAGGAAGAUCGGUCGGAAGUGCAGGUUCCUCUGCGAAACUCGGCAGUUCAUGGUGUCAGUGAUGAGACACAUGCAGAUGCAACAUUGUUGAGUCGAGAACUGGGAGGAUCUGGAAGUCUAGGCGGAGGAGGGGGCGCUGGAAGCGUAGAAGGAACUCCGGAGACAAAAGGUGAGAUUCGGGACGAUCGUGAUGACGGCGAAGACUCCGAACGCGCGGGUUCACGCCUUACCCCGGGCUGGGUCGGGGAUGUGCUUUUGGCCUCAGAUCGGACGGGGAAAUCGCAGGCUGGUGACCCCAGAGUGGACACUGAGACGCCUGUGACAGUUGCGGGAGCCGGGGCCUCAAGCUGCCCGCGCUCCUCAGAAACGACGCACGCGGGGGUCCCUGUCACGUGUUUGCCGGUGUCCGCUAGGGAGCCGAACGCUCCAGAGGGGCACGGAGAGAAGGAGGAAGAAGAGGAGGAAGAAGGACUGCUUUUGCCGCCGCUGAAACAAAGAGAAGGGCCAGCUUCGACGGAGACCUGUACUCCAGAAGCCGCGGUAAACGCAGCGACCCACACGCGGGCGUCGUACUUUCACGAAGCAGCAGUGGUCUCGGAAGAAGAAGAGGACGACGAGGAAGACGAAGCGAUCUGGUCGCGGUUCCUGCGUUCCGGUCGCCGGCGCGGCCCGCGAGGCAUGCUCGGAGAAGAAGAGGAGGCGAGAUCGACGCAGGAGAAAGAAAUCGCGGAGUCGCUGGAGUCGGGGAGAGCCUCGGACAAACGAGCAGUGUGUGCAACAGACUGCGACGUCCUCGUCUUUGACAUCGAAACUGCUGCCCGCUUCAUUCUCGAUGACCCCGUGAAAAUCGGCUUCCCUGUACUCCAAGGUCUUGCUUCAGUUCUUGUGGAGCGGUCGUACGCUCAAUCCCUGCGCCUUGCGAUCAACAGCUACGACUCUGUCGUGGCAGGCGUUCUCGCCGACGGGGCUGUACAGACAGAAGAGAGAAGCUUCUUGGAGGAGUGGCGCGCUCGACGAGGCAUCAGCGACGCCCAGCACAUUGAAGCUUUGCGUCGCUGUGGCUGGUCCUUGGAGGACUUCGAAAGAGGAGAGAGACACCGGCCAGACGCAGGCGUCGCUGGCACCGUAGGACGCGCUGUGUACUCGGUGCUGACCCUGAAUUUUCUGAGGAACGGCAGUCACUCGAGGGACGGCAGCGCGGCUGGCGACACUGGAGAGGAGGCGCAGAAGUCACUGUCAAGUGAAGGGGAAACGAGAGAAGAGAAGAGGACAGAUGGAAUGGGGGGGACGACCGCCUUGCUCGGGUCGCGCUUGGAGGCCUUGAGGACCGGAGCGGAGAAGAAGGGCGAAGGGACAGCAGACGUGCAUGCAGUUAGUAAGCAGGAAGGCGAGGCUAACAGGAAUAAGAACGCAGAGGAGACCAUUGAGGUUGGGGGUGUGGCGUCGAGCCUCCGGUGUGGGGCACAACCAGGAAAAGGCACCUCGCCUUGCGAAGCGGACAGAGUGGGUGCUGAAUCCCCACGAGAGCGGAAGAAAAUCUCAGACUGUGAAGCAGGAAAUUCCAGCCCUACCCAGAGUCGCUUGUCAAAAAACUCGGAAACCUUCCCAACAGAACCCCGUCCUGUAGAUGGGUCUGGCGGAUACACAGCCUAAGAGCGUACUCAUCAUCAAACGAACACUGGGGAAACAAUGUGCAUUUAUACAUCUCUGCACGCAUUGGUGUGCGUACAUAAUGCGCUACAACAUCGUGUAGAGCUGCACGCCUUGCAUGCAAUGGAUGCAGUACGCUUGCGGGUAACGUCUCCGUACAAAUUUGCCAGUGGGAAAUCUAUGGUCAAAGCACAUAGUUUCUACACUCGAGAAGUAUAUGCAGAUGCAUGUUGUUUCCAAGGUUCUGCCACGUGGAAAGGAUGCAGACAGGUAUUUCAGUGCCUAUAAAUGACAGGGGCCGUUAUGAGAAUUAAAUGCGCCGCUCUGAGGGCUAAGAUCUCAAGCGAGCGUUCUUGUGCUAAGGAUGGCUCGAAUUUGGCGCAGCCACGUUUCUCAGUAUCUGCUGAGAUCAUUUGUCAGAUGCGUUUCUGGUAAAAAAUUUCCUCGCGAAAGUUCUCGAGUCGUUUUCCAUUU